AUGACGCGAUUGGUGGUGGCCGGGGUUAGACAGGCGGCGAACAAAGGCGGUGGCGGUGGCGGCGGCGGUGGAAAUGCAACCGUUGGUUUCUCCAAAAGAUGGGUUUGUGUCUUGUGCAUUGCGAGCUUUUGCUUGGGAGUUAUUGUUGUCAACAGGUUCUGGACUGUGCCUGAUUUGGACGAGUCAAACAUGAUUGCAAAAUCUGUUGAAAAGCGUGGGCCUAGCGAUAUUCUUCUUCCUCCUAUUAAGUGCGACGAGAAAUUGGACUCUCAGGAUACUGUGGAUGUACUUUCUCAAGUUUCAAGAACUCAUGAUGUGAUCGCGACAUUAGACAAAACCAUAUCUUCUAUUGAAAUGCAACUUGCAGCUGCAAGAGCAGCAAAAGCUGAGAUUAAUGAGAAAAAACAUAACAAUGGAAAGUCGAGUGAUGGGUCGUCAAAUAACCGUCCUAAGGUAUUCUUUGUCAUGGGAAUCAUUACUGCAUUUAGCAGCCGAAAAAGGAGAGAUUCUAUUCGUCAAACUUGGAUGCCUCAAGGUGAACUUUUGAAGAAGCUGGAGAAAGAGAAAGGAAUAAUCAUUCGGUUUGUGAUUGGGCACAGUGCUACGCCUGGUGGAAUUUUGGAUAGAACAUUAGAUGCUGAAGAAGCACAGCACAAGGAUUUUUUGCGAUUGAAUCAUGUCGAAGGAUAUCACGAAUUGUCCUCAAAAACACAAAUUUACUUCUCAACAGCUGUCGCUAAGUGGGAUGCCGAUUUCUAUAUCAAAGUAGAUGACGAUGUGCAUGUCAAUAUUGGUACACUAAGUUCACUGUUAUCCCACCACCAAUCAAAACCUCGUAUUUACAUUGGCUGCAUGAAAUCUGGCCCUGUCCUUGCACAGAAAGGAGUAAAGUACCAUGAGCCCGAACACUGGAAAUUUGGGGAGGAGGGAAAUAAGUAUUUUCGGCAUGCGACGGGCCAAAUUUAUGCAAUCUCCAAAGACUUGGCCACUUAUAUAUCCGUAAAUCGGCACAUACUUCAUAGAUACGCAAAUGAAGAUGUAUCACUCGGGUCUUGGUUUAUUGGUCUUGAUGUCGAACAUAUUGAUGAUCGGAGCCUAUGUUGUGGGACCCCACCUGAAUGUGAGUGGAAAGUACAGGCAGGGAAUCCUUGUGCAGCAUCAUUUGAUUGGAGCUGCAGCGGCAUAUGCAAGUCGGCCGAGAAAAUGGAGCAAGUUCAUCGGCUAUGUGGUGAGGGUGAUGAGGCAAUUUGGUACUCCAGUUCUUGA